AUUUAUUUUGUAUUGUUUGUUAUGAAAAACCACUGAAAAUGCUCCAAAAAAAAUGUUUCCUUAGAGAAAAGAGUGUGAAGAUUGUUGUAUUUCACCCAGGGGCCAUUAAGCCCUUCUAUAAGAGAUCACUAACAUGUUGUUAAAGGUUGAACCUUGUGUGCUUAUCUCUCUCUCUCUCUCUCUCUCUAUAUAUAUAUAUAUAUGUAUAUAUAUGUUAUAUAUAUAAAAUAUAUGUAAAAAAAUAUUUCCCUCUAAUAUUGAUUGCCUCCUACUUUAAACCCCAUCAAAUGUGCUACACAAUGAUUUUUAAAAUCUGACAUUUCAAGUCUUACAGAAGUCCAAAUACUUAAGUGUAAAAAUUCUACAAAUGCUACCGUUUCUUUAUAGAUAUAUGAUAACCAAUUUCUGUCCACACAGAUAGAUAUCCACUACUUCAGACCUGGGAUGAAAUGCAGACCUAGGUUCCUAUGUUCACUCUUCUGAUGAGGUUAACUCAGAACAAAAAGACAGUGUGCUUCUGUUGCAUCAGGUUUAUCUGCAUGUCAACAAAGUAGAUAUACUAGUUAGGUUUUCAAUAUUAAAACCUUAUUUAAAAAUUUCCUUAUUAAAUGAUAUAUAGGGUGGCAGAGGCGGAUAUGGAUUACUCCUCCCCAAGAGCUACCAAGCAGAUCCCUGCAUAGCAUUGAAAUAGCUACUGGUUCUCCCCAUUGCUAACUUGGUGCCCUGUAUACUGGGUGUUAGCUAGAAUCAUGACUAGAGCAUGUAGAUCGUUAACCUGAUAGAGAGGGAAUCCACACAGGUCUUAUAAGAACAUGAGCCUCCAAACCAAAACGGGCAAUAGUGGCUACUGGCUCUUUGGAGUCCCCUGUACUUUAAUUUCCCCAAUUUUUGAAAUUAUACACACACAAAAAUAACAUCUUUCUCAAAAAAAGAAAUGUGUCAGCUCUUAUGUAAUAGCUAUGUUUUCAUUUUGCUAAGUAAAGACAGAAAAGAAACAACCACAACCUCCUGUCACUUUUUAAAGAAAUGAUGUUUUAAUACACACAAACAUACACACAGAGCAUGGAUUCAGAAUUAAGAAUUUUAUUCUCGGCAACACAUCACCGACAUAUUUUUACUUACAUGUUCCCAAUGACUAGAAAAAACACAAUACUGGGCAGGUGGGUCCAUAGAUCAAGCCAGAAUCACUGUCAACUCCAAUUCACCCUUUCACUUUACUUGGUGAUAAAGUAGUUCUUUUUAUACCUACAUCACUUGUUUAGUUGGAGCCUGUUUCUCUUCCAAGUCUCUGUGAUGGCUUAGAUUCAAACUGGGAAGCCUUUCUUCUAGACAGGUUGGCUAUUCUCUUUGGAGGGAAGCACCUGAGUUCUUCCUGGGUUCACCUUUUGAUUGAUACUGUCCAAGAUAAAACUAGUGCCACAGGUUUCUGGGACCAUAGUCUAAUCAGAUUCAUUUGCACCAUUAAAACUCCAUCGUAAUUGGCAGUUUAUUAUUGGAGCUGUCAUUUCAACACAUAGCUGAGUGAAACAAGUUCAAAUGUGUAUCUUAAACAAUAGCAACUGAGUUCCAGUGAUGAAAGAAGUGGAACAGGCUCUUCUUCAUACACAGAUGUGAUGUUACUGACCUAUGGUCAAUGGGGAAAUUUUUGUGUUAUUUUUCUGAAAAAAAGAAAUUUCUUCAAGUCAUCCAAGGGCUCCUUCCUGGUUAUGGUAUCCAAGAGUAAGUCAAGUUGGUGAUAAAAAAAAAUGUGCUAAAAUGGGAGAAAACAAUAAAAAGAAUAGCCUCAUCUUCUCAAUGACUGUUUCUUCUUCACAGAGCUAUGAAACAGGCAUUGCUAUGCCAAUAUGAUAGACAAAAUAUCUGAGCCUCAGGAAACUUGUUCAUUCAACAGUCAACAAAUACUUACAGAGUGUCUCUUAUGUGCAUGUGGUACUGCAUAAAGUGUUGUGAUUUUGCCCAAGGUGACACAGUUGGCAAGUAGCACCAGGGCACUAUAAGCACCCAAAAUCAGUCACCUAUCAUCAUAAGCACCCCAAUCAGUCACCUCUCCUCAAGUUCAUGCCAUUCCAUAGCUAUCUCAUGCUGAGGUCAAGGUUGCCACGUGAGGGCAACAGACCCUAAAGAACAGAGACAUGGUUCAAGUGGUAGUGCACAUGUGUGACAUGGUCCAAUCCCCUAGUUCAAGCCUCAGUAUCAAUGCUCCCAACAUCAUUACCAGGACUGCUUACAAGUAGCCCUAGAGUUCCCAAGCAGCACACCUACAACCUGCAUUUGUCAGGCCUGGCUAUCACCUAGAGUGGGCUCUGUUUGGAACAAAAAAUGAUACCAGGACUGCAGGACCAAAGAUCCACAGGGAAAGGACCUCUUGAUCCAUUUCUUUCACUUGCUCCUCUGCAAGGACAUUUAAUAGUGAUUUUCUCCAACUUGUGAUAUUUUUGGGAAGAUAACAAAACAGCUACCAGUGUCCACAGUGUACUGAACUCUAGGGACUUGUCCACUUUUAAGCUAGUGAACAAGACAAACACCUCAGUGAAGCAUCCUUUUGGCAAAGAAAGAACAAAUUCUCUCUAUAGAAAAGAGGGCUUCUGAGUAAUGGGGUCAGAAGCCAAAUGCUGGGACUUGAAAGAUCUUCUUCUGGAACACAGACUGAGAUUAUCACACUCUUGGGCCUCCGCUUGAGUCCGAGACCCAUUCUUCAAUAGGACCUCUUUCUCUGGCAUGUGAAACAAUGCCUGCCAUCCAUUCUGGCUGGCCAUCCCUGCUGGCUGGCUUGCCACACAAUUGCAUCAGUGAAGUGGCCAGUCACACACUAGGCUGCCCAUCUCAAGAAUGCCAAAAUCUUCAUGAAUGGGCCACCCCAUGCCUGUAAUCAACAGGGAGGUGGGGUGACAGCCAUAGAUCACGUAACUGAGGCAAACACGAAAGGCCAGCUCAGAUCAAUAGAUGAGUCAGAGCUCUUCAAGUGUAUAAAACCUCAGGAGCUCCAGUGCUCCUCACAGAGCCAGCAUCUCCUCUCCUCAUUCACCUCUUCUGGUGCUUUGGGUAAGUGUGGCUUCGACUUGCUCUCCUCUUGCCGGCUGGUCUCACUUGGGCCUGCAAAGGUUAGGUAGAGCGUGGGAAAGAGAGGCAAGCUCUCUCCUCCCUUUGGGAGCCUGCAGAACUUCUGUCUUUCCAGAUGCAUUCCUGGUUAGAGGGGAUCCAGGCAGAGCAGUGAGGGCUAGGCCACUGCUAUGUAGACAAUGUUUUUGAUAUGGACAGGUUGUAAACGCUGCAAAGACCAGAUGAUUUCCUAUUUCUCUGGUCCUGCUAUAGCUGCGGAUACAGAAGGACGCUCUAUAGAGAUUAGGUGUGAGGCUAAGCCUAUAUGCAAAGAGGAGGUAGAAUAGUUCAGGAAAUGCUGCAAUUGGGUUUAACUUUAGGAUCACAGGAAUCCAAUGCCUGCACAUGAUUGAGAAGAAAAUAGCUCAUGCGCUAUUAAGACAAAACUACCUACUACUUAUGCUCUUUUAAAUCAAGGUGUGGCAUAAAGAAAUGGCAAAGGCAGUUGUUGAUAACUCUGAGCAGAGCUGGUUCAAAGGACCAUCAGGGCUCUCUUUCCAUACAGAAGCACAGGGAAGCCUUUGAAGAGAACAGUGCUACAAAAGCCCCCUGACAUUCAAACAGGCCUCUCAGCUCUGCAGAGAAGCUAAAGCCUCCCAGUGGAACUUUGCCAUCAUUUUCUAUUUGCAUUCAGAGGUUCCAUGUAGGGAUUAGAAGAGAUCUAGGAGAUGAAGUGUUUGAAAGCCACAUACAGAAGACAGGGGCAAACCUGGGAGAGCUAGUACCCACGAGAUGGGCUAUGUAUAGCUUAAUAAAAGACGUGGAAGAGCAGAGGUGAGGAGAAGGUGAUGUUGCCCCAAAGCAGUCACCUUCGGAGUUCCAGCCGCAUGUCCGACAUCUGGACCCAGAGCAAGGCACGAAGCCCAAUGCUCAGCGGGACAGAAGUUGAUGGGCGUUGUCAAGGAUGACUCGUCUCCUCCACUGCAUCCUCUUGCCGCUGGUCCACUGAUGCUCUCGUGCUCUCCUUCCAGAUUCGCUACCUCCUUAGACACAAUGUCACAGAAAAAGCAGCCAACCCCUCAGCCCCCCAUGGGCUGCGGAAAGUCUUCGGGCGGCGGCGGUGGCGGCGGUAGCGGUGGCUGCGGCGGCUACUCCGGCGGCGGCGGCGGCGGCUGUGGCGGCGGCGGCGGUGGCGGCGGCUGCGGCGGCGGCGGCGGCUGCGGCGGCGGCGGCGGCGGCUCCGGCGGCUGCGGCGGCGGCGGCUCCGGUGGGGGCGUCAAGUACCCAAGCGGCGGCGGCGGCGGCGGCUGCGGCGGCUACUCCGGCGGCGGCGGCGGCGGCUGCGGCGGCGGCGGCGGCGGCAGCUCUGGCGGCUGCGGCGGCGGCUCCGGUGGGGGCGUCAAGUACCCGAGCGGCGGCGGCGGCGGCGGCUGCGGCGGCUCCUCCGGGGGCGGCGGCGGCGGCGGCUGCGGCGGCUACUCCGGGGGCGGCGGCGGCGGCUGUGGCGGCGGCUCCGGCGGCGGCGUCAAGUACCCGAGCGGAGGCGGCGGCGGUGGCUGUGGCGGCGGCUCCUCCGGGGGCGGCGGCGGCGGCGGCUGCGGCGGCGGCUCCUCCGGCGGCGGCGGCGGCUGCUUCUCCAGCUGCGGCGGCGGCGGCGGCGGCAGCGGUGGCGGCUGCGGCGGCGGCUCCGGGGGCGGCGGCGGCUCCAGCCAGCAAGUCACGUGCCAGAGCUACGGCGGCUCCUCCGGGGGCGGCGGCGGCGGCUGCGGCGGCGGCUCCUCCGGCGGCGGCGGCGGCGGCUGCUUCUCCAGCUGCGGCGGCGGCUCGUCCGGCGGCGGCGGCGGCGGUUCGGGCUGCGGCGGCGGGUCUGGGGGCUCCGGCUCGUCCCAGCAGACCACCCAGACCUCGUGUGCGCCCAGCUUCGGCGGCGGUUGCGGCGGCGGCUCCUCCGGCGGCGGUGGCGGCGGUUGCGGUGGCGGCUCCUCCGGGGGCGGCGGCGGCUGCUUCUCCAGCUGUGGCGGCGGCGGCGGCUCCUCCGGGGGCUGCGGCGGCGGCUCCGGGGGCGGCGGCUCCGGCUGCGGUGGCGGCUCCUCCGGGGGCGGCGGCUCGGGCUGCGGCGGUGGCUCUGGCGGCGGCUCUGGGAGUGGCAAGGGCGUCCCGGUCUGCCACCAGACCCAGCAGAAGCAGGCGCCUACCUGGCCUUGCAAAUAAGGGUUCCUGGACGCCACGGAGGCGUUCAUGCUGCAGAUGUUCUCGGUGGGCGCCGCUGGGCUUAAUGCUCUCAUGACAUUGCUCUGAGGGGUUCAGAUUCUCCAAGUCUUAACCCGCGCCAAGGAAGCCACGGGGGCGAGGGACUGCAGCUUCUGCAGUUUUUUUUCUCUCCUUGGUUUCUGUACCAAUAACUUCCAACCCCAAGACCUCCUCAGCCAAUAAAUUUGCAAUUCA